GCAGCUUAAAGCAGCAAAGCUUCUGCUUCCUGUUGCCACCAUGGCAGCUAUCAUGGAUUUGUUGAUCAAUGAUUCGGAGGAUGAAACCCAGGUUGCAGCACCGUGCAUGUGGCCAAAGGCACCUGCAUUGCAGGAAUGGGCCGAGAUACUUUUAGCCGAGGAGUCACCCGCAUCCCCGCGUCCAGCUCCACGCGGACAGGUUCGGCAGAUUACUCACGAGGUGCAUCAGGACCUUGCAGACGACAGCCUGUUCCAUUUGGAUGGCAAAGACAAGAGCUGGUUCCUUCAGAAAGGCGGUGUCAGCUUCAACCGACCAAAUGCCGGAAGGUUCCGCUUAGAUGUGACCUUCCGUGGCAGCCGCUUUGGAGAUGACUAUGCGGAGUUGAGUAGACUGGAACAAGCCAACACGACGAACUGGCUCAUUGCCAUUGGCGUUGUGUUUGGGGAGAAAGAGCUCACUGGCUACGAGGACAGCAAGACGAGCGGCUUCUAUUUCAUUUUUCAUUUGAACUAUCGUCGCACUCGCUGGCGCAUCAUUGCAAGCCCACACGAUGCAACAAUACAGGACGCCAGUGGCAAUCAGUUUCAUUGUGAUCCUCAGGCUGAUGGCCAGUUUGAGAUUGAUGCCUUCGAAGGGCAAACUCUGUCCGUUGAGUUCAUCAAUCACGAGCUGUUUGGAUUCUAGUCUGCUGCGUUUUGGAUCCUUGAGACACAGAGGUGCUCGAAACAAAAUCUGUGUGGUGCCUUUUGUCUGACACUAGAGCCGGAAGUUCAAUCAAACAGAAUCAAACAGAAGUGUAUUGGAUGAUUUGAACAAAGGAGUUAUGUGACUUAGGUGGAUAACUGAAGGAGCUGAGCGAAAAGCGCUUGGCAUUUGGGCUAAUCAGAAAUUGCCAGCAGGUGACUUCUUUCCUGCAGUGCUAACUUCAAAUUGCCCAAGCCUUUUCUCGGCCAAAGUGCUGUGAGAAUCCGUGAGGGGUGAAGCAUUCAAUUGAAAGGCACUAUGCUGGAGAUGUUUUGUUCAUGCAUUGCUUGCAGACAGGAAAAUGCAGACGUGUUGGCAGUCCAGGGCCAUGUGAAGAAUUCCCAGCCGUGGUAAGGCGUUUAGUUGAAAAAUGAAAAGACACGCAGAAAGAGCGGCCCUCGAAUUUGUAAGGACAUUCCAUUUCGGACCAUUACUUCACUGUAGUAGCUGC